GUCAUUGACAACAGAUGAGCAGUCACUUACAUCUGCGGCUUCUUUUCACUUCAAGGUCGCUCAGGAAGUGUAGCUCUCGCAAGCUACUACUCUUACAUGUACAAGCGUCCAAAGCUCAUGGAGGCUUUUGCACUAAUUAUGCUGAACUACACAUAUUUGUAAACAUUCUCCAUCCGAAAAAAGUAAGGUGAACUUCUGAAAGGCGGGAUCAGGGAAAGUGGGAGCCAGGUUAAUCCCAGUUUCUGUACGCCGGCAUCAAAAGCCCUUGCUACGAUACAUCGCCCCCCAAGACGCCCCAUCACAACAGAGCGAUGCAAACGGGAUGUCCAGUAGAUGAUACAGGGGUUUCCUUUUCCCCCCAAUUCAUGAGGUUACCGCCCGAGAUCCGUCAUAAGAUUUGGCUUGCUGCCAUACCGUCCCCUGGUAUCAACUUCUUCAAUGUGCACAGCUUCCCCAACGACCAUAAAGGCGCGAACAGAAGCACGUCACCACCAAAUUUACACCUAGACCUCCGUCGUAAAUACAACUCGCACAACGACCAGGACGUCGCGAGGUACGAUGCUUCAGUUUGGCAGGCCCGACACGCUCUUCGCCAGUCAUGUCGAGAAGCCCGGCUCAUCUGCGCAAUUCCCGGGGACAAGCUCAUCCGACUGACAUUGUCAAUUCCUAAACGCGGUCUGUUCACCGAAGCUGGAGAUGGGCUCCAGAGAUCUUUGACGCCGAUGGAGCAUCCUGCUGCUGAACAUGAGGCAACCGUGUAUCGCCAGGUCCAUGUCCAUGCAGACGACAUGGUGGUUCUAUCGGUAGAAAAUCAUAGCUUCAACAUCUUCUUUGAAGAGUCUACCGUCUUCGGCCCUGUAGAUGACGAUAUCAAUUUGGGCUGGUCGUAUGACCCGCAAUUUAGGGACGGCAUAUCGCUGGGUAUCCCCCCGGGCAAUUUCUGCCUCGAAAUGAUACGUGGCAGGACGGGCGACAUCGAAGAGAUUGCUGAAGCGUUAUUUGUAGCCGCUACAGGAAAUGACGAAAACAACGACAGUGUCAGAACUUUCGGAAACAUGAUGUUCACUAGCAAGACGAUGGAGAGAGAAAGACUCCAUCGAGAAUUCCGCGACAAGAGUUUAAGGAGAUUCUGGGACAAGUAUGGAGACUGUUAUGUUGCUAUCCCAUGGAACCAUGACGACUUGGCAAUGGCAUCACAGAUUGUCAAGCUUAGCCCUGAAAAGGAAACUUCUAUGCGGAGGGGCUAUGUGACUUCGGCGAUACUCAAAAGUCCAAAACGACUGGUAAUGUCAUAGCACGUUAAUGAAUUCGCUACGCAAUGAUCUCUACAAUCCAAUGAAAUACAACAAAGACCGAAAUAUCAUUCUUUCGCUCGGACCACGUGUUGAGUGCAAAUGCUCAGACAUGGGCUAGACGGUAUCAACCCGACACUGCCCAAUCGAAGACAUCAAACGCGAUCUUCUGGGAACUCAGAGGGUGUUCGGGUUUCCUGGACCUUUGAGAAUCGUCAGCUCUUGGAUGCAGUCAAUAAAUUCAAAGAAAUUUAGUUACCUGGAGGGUUGUGCGGCGGCACUGUAGGCUUCACUGUCCGCAAAGUGACUUGGACCUUGUCACUCGAAAACUCUGUGCUCGAAUCCCAGUUGAGAGUCCAGAGGUU